AAGAUCAACCCCUGGCUGACGGCGUCGUAAGGUUUCGCCAAACGCGCGUAGAUGUGACCGUAAUACAGUCUACGCCCAGCAUUUCUCGCGUGAGCAUGGUAGCGAAGUAAAAAAAACGAAAACUUGUUUCAGCGUGUGAAUACUUUGUGAAAAUAUUUUGAAGAAAAAUGAAUCCGUCAGAAUCGCAGCAAGAUCUACUAUCGAACGAGGCGAGAUCACCCUCAGUGCAGUCGUUACACACGCCCGUAGAGUAUAUUCUUGGCCCGGUCGAGAAGCAUUUCCUGCUCAGCGCGGAGCGAGGUGAUUGUGCCACUGUCAAAAGGUUAAUUGAGGACAAUCGUGAUCAUCCGGACCUAUUAAAUAUCAAUUGUGUCGACCCGCUAAAUCGAUCGGCACUAAUAGCUGCUAUUGAAAACGAGAACAUCGAGCUCAUUAGACUACUGCUCGAAUUGGGAAUCGAUGUGAAGGAUGCACUCCUACACGCCAUUAAGGAGGAGUACGUGGAAGCGGUGGAGGUGUUGCUGGAAUGGGAGGAAAAAAUACACAAGCCGGGGCAGCGUUACAGCUGGGAGGCGGUGGAUUCGUCGUCGAACUUUACUCCUGACAUAACUCCUCUCAUUUUGGCGGCUCAUUACAAUAACUACGAAAUACUGAAGCUGCUUUUGGAUCGCGGCGCGACUCUUCCGACACCUCACGAUGCUAGAUGCGGCUGCGAUGAAUGCGUCACUUCCAGCGAGCAGGACUCCCUCCGACACUCGCAGUCUCGAAUAAAUGCGUACCGGGCGCUCACCUCGUCAUCUCUAAUCGCGCUUUCAUCGAGAGACCCACUUUUGACGGCCUUCGAGCUUUCGUGGGAACUGCGUCGCCUCAGCAGGAUGGAGCAAGAAUUCCGCGCCCUAUACAACGAGAUGCGGGAGCAGACGCAGCAAUUUGCAACUUCUCUGCUGGACCACGCGCGCACGUCUUACGAAUUGGAAGUAAUGUUGAACUACAAUCCUACCGGAGAGAAUUGGGAUCCUGGGGAGAGACAGACCUUGGAGCGGCUCAAACUGGCUAUUAAAUAUAAACAAAAGCAAUUUGUUGCUCAUCCCAACGUGCAGCAGUUACUAGCUGCUAUUUGGUACGACGGUCUUCCGGGAUUCAGACGGAAGAACAUGGUGGCACAGCUUCUGGAAGUUGCUAAACUCGGGGCGAUGUUUCCGGUUUACAGCACUAUUUACAUGAUGGCACCCACUUCACAAAUGGGAUUGUUUAUGAAGAAGCCAUUUGUGAAAUUUAUAUGUCAUUCCGCGUCCUACGCUUUCUUCCUAAUGCUUCUCGGCAUGGCGUCGCAAAGAAUAGAGUACUUAUUGAUCGAACUGUUUGGCAACGAAUGGAUGCGAGAGAUACUCGCCGGCUGGAAGAAGCACGAGCGCGGCUGCAUUCCGGGUUUCGUCGAGACUGGCGUUGUCAUCUACGUGAUAAGUUUAAUUACCGGCGAAAUUAAAUCUCUAUGGGCGGACGGAUUACUCGAAUACAUAUCGGAUCUGUGGAAUAUCGUGGAUUUCAUACAAAAUACCUUCUAUGUGAUCUGGAUAAGCUUGCGUAUUACGGCCUGGUGGAUAGUGCAGAGGGAAUAUUGGAGCGGCUCAAAUCCUUGGUAUCCGAGGGAUCAAUGGCAGGCGUUCGAUCCAAUGCUACUUUCGGAAGGGGCGUUCGCCGCCGGGAUGAUAUUCAGCUUUUUAAAACUCGUCCACAUAUUCAGCGUGAAUCCUCAUCUCGGGCCACUCCAGAUUUCCCUCGGGAGGAUGAUAAUAGACAUCAUCAAGUUCUUUUUCAUCUACACCCUCGUGCUAUUUGCCUUCGGCUGCGGGAUGAAUCAGCUGAUGUGGUAUUACGCGGAUUUGGAGAAAAGGAAGUGUUAUCACGAGUCUGACGACCUGCCGGAUUUCGACAAUCAGGAGAAGGCUUGUUCGAUAUGGAGACGAUUCGCCAACUUGUUCGAGACGUCGCAAUCACUCUUCUGGGCGAGCUUCGGCAUGAUCGAUCUGAUGUCGUUCGAUUUAACGGGCAUUAAGAGCUUCACGCGAUUUUGGGCGCUUCUCAUGUUCGGCUCUUACUCCGUGAUCAAUGUCAUUGUACUGCUGAACAUGCUGAUCGCUAUGAUGUCGAAUUCCUAUCAAAUUAUUUCGGAAAGGUCUGACACGGAGUGGAAAUUCGCUAGGAGCCACUUAUGGAUGAGUUAUUUCGAGGACGGUGAUACCGUGCCACCGCCAUUUAACAUGAUUCCGACGAGUAAAACUUUCCAAAAGCUACUGAAAUGUGGAAGCGCCGGUCGCUCCACGAGAUCUUUCAUCAAGAAAUCUCGUGAAAAAGCUAUGACCAGGCAUGACACUGUAGUGCGUCUGCUUAUACGCCGUUAUGUGACGGCCGAGCAGACGAAACGGGACCAAUUUGCUAUCACGGAGGACGACGUCAGGGAGAUUCGCCAGGAUAUAUCGAGUUUCCGAUACGAGCUUAUCGAUAUUCUUAAGAAAAACGGGAUGCACACACCGUCGCUUGACAAAGAAGACACAAACAUACCCGGCAAGAAGGGCAGAGUGAUGGAACGUCGUCUGCAGAAGGACUUCCAGAUUGGCAUAGUGGAAGGCAUUGUGCAAGCUGUGAUUCAGAGCGAGAAGGAGCCGAAGGACGUGUUCAGUCAAAUAGCGAAGGCUAUCGGACGGAAAGGAAGCAGCACCAGUAAGAAGGAUUGGAAUGCCGUUGUAAGACAAAGUACCAUCGCCACGGAUCCAAUCGGAAGUUCGAACGAGGCGAUACAACGUCAAACCCGACGCAGUCUGCGCCGUCACUUGCGACAUCAACCGGAUUCCGAUCUGGAAUCGAUGGAUCCGAAGCGACUGCUCGAGUACAAUCCAAAUCUCUCGGAUUUCACGCCGACAACCAGAAUAGCCUACGCCAAGUUUAUGAUGAGAAAGAACAAGCUGGGCGAGCAGCCUGAAGAUGCGAACGACUCUUCGAAGGAGACUGAAGAGGACGUGAAGGCUCCUCGAAGAAAUAACAAAGUUAUGAUUGCAGAAGCCUCUACAGACAUAGUUCCGCGUCCCGUUACAGAAAUGAAAAGCGUAUUAAAAGCUACGAGUAGCGGCAGUGUGGAAAAACUGGCAGAAAAGGCGCUCGACAUUAAAACCAUCGAGGUCAGAUCUCCUUCGCCUAUACCGGAAGAUCCUGCAGGAGAGGAGGACAACAAGCAGUCAACGUCUAGUCAGGAGAAGAAAGUUGAAAAAGAGGAUAAACGCGAAGAGGGAAAUGUGGAAGAGCAAGAAACCGAGAAGAAGGAAGAGGCAACCGAGUCGAAAUUAAAAGAGCAGCAGAAAGAAGAGACGGUAAAGGUCGACGAUCAGCGUCAGCAAUCAUCGGGAAGUACGGAGGGAAAUAACAGCGAUGACGUUGCGGGAAAGACUCCGCCGUCGAAUAAGGAAAACCGCGAAGAAAAACAUGCUGAUUCGGCGAAGAAAGAGAAAUCAGAAGCCGCGCCGAUGCCGGAAACGAAACUACGAGGAAAGUCUAGAGCGACGGGUCAAGUCAUAGGAGGUUGGAUAUAAAUCUCAAUAUUUAUUAAAUAGUUUUUGAAACACGAUUUACAGACUUUUUACAUUGAUUAUAAAUAUUUAAAUAAUCGCGAACAACAAUGUGUUCGUAUGUGUUGAGCGCUAGUCAUAUUACAUAAAGCUUCUGUUUGCGAAAGGUCUCUUUAUUGCGUAUUCGAUGAAGACAAAUGUUUCACAGUUCGCAAGACCUUGUCGUAGGCACGUAUUCACGGAUUACGAAACGGACUUUCCUCAAGUGCAACGCGAGCGCAAUGUCAAAGUGUUUUACAUGACAGGCGAUAUCUUAAAAUAUCGGAAUACGUUAUCAGAGCACGUUCCGCGCGUAUCACUUUAUUUAAAUCAAUUAAUAAGAAUGAACACUGCCACUCUCCGUAAUUCGAUUAUAUAUCAAUACUGAUAAUUUUGUAAAGGCAUUAAGAAUUUUUAAAUAAUACGUAUAUACAUUAUCUACAUAUUUAAAAGAAUUUGUCCUAAUUUAACUUUAUUAAAUUCAUCUAGAUUAACGUAAUUUAAAACAAAUAAAGAAAAUUGAUUCGCAGAAUUUCGUUAAGAUGCAACUACGAAAUUGAAUUAAAGUUGGAUUAAAACCGUAUUACAAGUAGUAGUUGGAAAUUCUAUUCGACAAUGAGAUGCUCACUCUUCUUACAAUGCUAUAAGUUUAUGAACGCGAUAACCAGACGAGAUGCAUGAGUCAUUUGUGUCCGCAGAUAUAAAAUGCUGAUUUUCUUCGAUCACUGUUAAGAAUAUUCCGUGUUGCGUAUAUUAGCGAUAAGUUGAUCGCUGUUAAUUCCGAUGAUUCUUAUCGGCAUUACGCACGUCGUCACAUAUAAUGAUGUAGUCUUAUGUAGAUAUAGCAAUUGUAAUAUACAAUGGCGUUAAUAAAAUUAUAUUAUCUAAAUGCAUAAA